AUGUCCGUCACCAUAGCCGGAGGCGCCGGGACCCAGUACGACUGGGACACCGCGCUCAUAAGCCUAGAAUGGGGGGACCAAGACUGGCGGGACAUCCUCACCGAGCGCGUCGCCGCCAACCUGCCGUGGGAGGAGCUGCAGCGCUCGACGCUCGAGUACCUGUGGGAGAUCCACGACGUCUACGACCGGCGGCACGGCCUGUACCCGGAGCAGCCAGAGUCGGAUCCGUCAUUCCGGUUCAGCCCGGCGAUGGAGGAGCUCGACCGCCGCGACGUGCAGGAGAUGAUGCGCUCGAGCGCCCUGACCGAGGCCCAGGACGCGCGCGACUGGGUCCAGGACCCGGACUGGUUCGAGCUCGGGCGCACGUGGCAGGACUACGCGUCCGAGUCGGAAGAUUGGGUGCGCGACGAGGAGACGGUGCGGGACAACUUUUUCACGGUUGGGCUCGAGCUCGAGUUCCCCGUUGCCGUGUACCGCCGCACAAGGGCCGGUAUCCCGGACCCGCAUGAGCAGGAGACGCGGUGGCUGGCGAGCGAUAUCAGCGACGAGCACGGCGACCCGGAUCCGGUGUACGUGCGCCAGGUCGCUGUGGACCGCGUGCUGGAGGUCCUCAACGCGCAGACGGAUAUGGUGUUCGUGCGCCGCGACCCGAAGGAAAUGGAGGCGUGGACGAGGAGGACCGAUUAUACGUUUGGGAAGGACGCGCCGCCGGGUCCCAUCGACGCUGAGUGCGAGAAGAACGCGCAGGACGCGCUUAAUCUAUCGCUGCAAAUGUUCUUCAACCCGGAAGCGGGAGGAACACGGCUCGCCGUCGCAACGGAACAAGAUAUUCUCCACGCGGUAUCCAACACACCUUUAUACAACGUAGCCACCUACGCCUGGGCAAAAACACGCGCGCGUUUCGCCGCGCUGCUGCGCCAGCACAUACGCCAGUCCCAGCGUGACCGGCGCGCCGUCCCGCUCCCCGGCAUGAAGCCGCGGUACCUCGCCUUCUCGGUAUACGCCAUGCCCGACGUCCCCUUCGCGAACGUGCGGGGCGACUCCUACGCCGACGCGCCCGAGCACCCGUUCGACCCGUACCACUGGGAGAUCAUCAAGAUCGCGACGCCGGUGCUGCGGGCCGACGCCGCGCAUGUGCUGCACGACGCGCUGCGGCAGAUAUGCCGCGCCGUGCGCAACAACUUCCGCGUGCACCGCGACAUCGCCGCGGUGCCCGUCACGACGCAGGUCAGCGUGUCGACGCGCGCGGGGUUCGAGUUGCUCGAUAUAAAGCGCUUCGUCACGCUCGUUACCGUUUUGCGCGAUAGGGGUUUCGGCCGCCUUAACGCGGAGCACCGCAGCGCGCGCGCGUACGACAAGGUGUGCGGGCCGAUCAAAAGGGUGUCGAGGCUCGGCGGGCUGUCCAACAUGCAAUAUGCGGAACUGGAGGCUUGGGAUGACUGGAUUAUGCCGCAGCCGCCGGGUGAGGAGCGCAUGGAAUGCAUGCUGGAGAUGGAGCGCAACAUGCCGAAGGACCUGAUACCCGCGCUCCAGGGCAAAGGUAAGCUGUCGGACCGCAUCUUCUUCGCGGCGCUGUGGUCGUACGCUAAUAUGACCGCUAUCGCGCGAGCGCUCAGCACCCCGCUCGUCUCGAAGAAGGCGGAGGUCAUGGUGAAGAUGACCGGCAACGGCAAGAGAUCGAACCCGGUACCUCUGCCCUGGACGGGGCGUAACGGCGAGCAGGAGCUAUACUUCGACGUGGUCGAUGCGUACCGAGGCGUUCUUGAGUUUCGCCAGUGCGGGGGUUCCCUGGACCCUCAUCACAUCUUGUGCUGGACGGCUAUCUGCUAUUGCGUAGUGAGCUCGUGUAAGUUUACCGACGAGGCGACGUUCAAAGAUCUCUUGUCCCGAAUCCUCAUCGGUGAAGAAACGGUUCUAGACGCCCUUCGCAUACAUCCUGACUUGCAGCAAUUCUACAUAGACAAUUUCAAUGAGCAGAAGGGAUUCUUCGAGCCUGCCGAUUCGGCAGAGUUAAACGAACGAUAUGCGAUGAUAGAUUGGGCAUUAUGA